UAGUUUUAUAUUUCACGUUUGCUGUCUACAGGCUAAAAGCUCGAAAUUAAGUUAAGUUGAAUUUUGCAGCACGUGCAGUUAAAAUGACAAAGUUAUCGAAAAAAAGGAAGAGAUCCGAAACUAGGGAAGUCAAAGACGAGGAAGAGAAACCGCUACCAUCAGUACGAAUAGAGGAACCAGUUCCCAAAAAGGCAAGAUGGAUCAACCGACAGAGAGUUUUGGUUCUAGCUACGAGGGGAAUAAACCACCGCCAUAGGCAUCUUAUGGAAGAUUUGAAAAGGUUGAUGCCGCACCAUAAGCCAGAAUCGAAAAUGGAGAGGCAAAAGACAUUAUCAGUGGUCAAUGAAGUAGCUGAAAUGAAAAAUUGUUCAAAAGUUAUGCUCUUUGAGGGCCGGAAGAAACAAGAUUUGUAUAUGUGGUUAUCCAACAUUCCAAACGGACCAUCUGUGAAAUUUUUAGUGGAAAAUAUCCACACUAUGGCAGAGUUGAAGUUUACUGGCAACUGCUUGAAAGGUUCAAGACCCCUAUUGAGUUUUGACCCAACAUUCACGCAGAAACCCCAUUAUUCACUAUUGAAAGAAUUGUUAACCCAAACAUUUGGUGUUCCAAAUAAGCAUCCAAAGAGUCAACCCUUUUUCGAUCAUGUAUAUGUAUUCACGAUAUUAGACAAUAAGAUUUGGUUCAGGAAUUUCCAAAUUUUAUCUGAAGAUGGAGCAGUCUCAGAGAUCGGUCCGAGAUUUGUUCUCAACCCAAUAAAGAUUUUCUCGAAUAGUUUUGGAGGUGCACCUUUAUGGGAGAAUAAUGUAUACAUCAGUCCUUCGAGGUUCAGGAGGCAAAUUUCGAUUGCUAAGAAGAAGAAGAAGUGAAAUAAUUUUAUCGAAUUGAAUGAAGUUUGUUGGAAACAUUUUGUAAAAAGUUUUUUUUUAAUUAAAAUCAACAUAUGGAGU